AUGAACUUUAUUUUACAUCUAUCAUUACCUUAUUCUAAUAGACCAGUGCAAGAAAUUACAGAAUUUGAAAUGGGCCUUUGCAACGCUAUGAGACGAGUAUUUCCUCAAUGGCAACAAGUUGGCCGUUCUUUCCAUUUGAAUCAGCUAUUAGCACUACCACAUCUUCCAUCAAAUAGAUUUGUGCUCCCAAAUAUUCAAGGGUUUACAAUAUCUGAAAGCUUGAUGAUGGUCAGGGCUUCAUCCACUUUUCAUCUACUUUGA